GCGUCUGGGGCGGGCUCUCUCUAUGCCCGGGUCUCCAAGACCGCUGAGAUGUCUGUGAAUGUGUCAAGAAUCUGUACAGCUGCCGAGCGCUACACCAAAUGACUGGUAUUCAUACUUUAGAGUCGCAUUUCAGAAUGUACUAUGCUUUCUUGUUGGUGUCGUUGCUAGGUCGGUAAAACCUGUCCAGUUAUGAGUAGUGAAGUCGAUUAGUAUUAUGUGGGAUUCCGAAACUGUUAUGCGUUUGCGUUUACCGUGCGCCACGAGCCUGCCGCGUGUUGAAUUGAGUCGACAUCAGUUGGAGCACUGUCCACGGUGCUGAAAGUCAAGAGUCUUACCCUAAGUGGCGAACAGAGGCAGCUGAGGCGUUCCCGGGUAUAUGUAUAUGCAACUCAAAUCUUGAGAUGACGCGGAAAAGGCUACAAUCUGUAGCUGUAUGGGGAUUCUUCGCGUGGGAAAUAGCUGUGUUGCUAAGUCUGGUGGCGUCUAAAGAGCCAGAGAGUCCUCGGGGGAGAGCAGUGCAUCCUCCGUCACCCUCUGACUUCUUGGACAAACUCAUGGGGAGAACCUCAGGCUACGACGCCAGAAUUAGGCCCUACUUUAAAGGUCCUCCUGUGAACGUAUCAUGCAACAUAUUCAUCAACAGCUUUGGCUCCAUAGCUGAGACUACAAUGGACUACAGAGUGAACAUCUUCCUCCGUCAAAAGUGGAACGACCCCAGGUUAGCGUACACAGAGUACCCUGACGGUUCUCUGGACCUGGACCCCUCUAUGUUGGACUCUAUCUGGAAACCUGACUUGUUCUUCGCCAACGAGAAAGGAGCCCAUUUCCACGAAGUCACCACAGACAACAAGCUGUUAAGAAUAUUCAAGAACGGCAACGUCCUCUAUUCUAUACGAUUGACAUUAACCCUUUCCUGUCCGAUGGACCUGAAGAACUUCCCCAUGGACGUGCAGACGUGUAUCAUGCAGCUAGAGAGCUUUGGCUACACAAUGAAUGACCUGAUCUUUGAGUGGCAGGAGAAUGGACCAGUCCAGGUAGCUGAUGGGCUGACCCUCCCACAGUUCAUAAUGAAGGACGAGACGGAUCUGAGAUACUGCACCAAGCACUAUAACACAGGGAAGUUCACGUGCAUCGAGGUGCGUUUCCACCUGGAGAGACAGAUGGGUUACUACCUGAUCCAGAUGUACAUCCCCUCUCUCCUCAUCGUCAUCCUCUCCUGGGUCUCCUUCUGGAUCAACAUGGACGCCGCGCCCGCCAGGGUGGCACUGGGCAUCACCACUGUGCUCACCAUGACCACCCAGAGCUCCGGUUCUAGAACGUCUCUGCCUAAGGUGUCCUAUGUGAAGGCCAUCGACAUCUGGAUGGCGGUGUGUCUGCUCUUCGUAUUCUCCGCUCUGCUCGAGUACGCCGCCGUCAACUUUGUCUCCAGGCAACACAAGGAACUCUUAAGACUCCGCCCGCGGAGAACGAAGAAGAAGAAUGGUGAUGAGGAUCACUCCAUUGAUCUCAAUGAGCUGGCUGAGUCAUUGAGACGCUUUAAUGGUUUGAGAAACAACGAUAUGCCCAUAUAUGGAUCUAUGGGCCACAUCUACAAUUCCUCUGACAGGGACGACGAUGUGAGGGAGAGCCGCCUCAGCUUCACCACCACGACCGGCAGUGGCGGCACUGCGGUCAAGGACGGCACCAUCCCCAAGGCCACCAACAACGCCACCACCACCCCGGGCGCCGCGGGGCCACAGCCCGCCCAGCCCCCUAAGAAGGACCCGGCCACCAAGAGCCACGAAGAGAUGAGAAAGCUGUUCAUCGACCGCGCCAAGAAGAUCGACACGGUAUCGCGGGCGGGUUUCCCCCUGGCCUUCCUGUUUUUUAACAUUUUCUACUGGGUCCUGUACAAGAUUCUCCGGGCUGAGGAUGUGCACAAGGACUAGUACAGAACACUACAGUACAGUAGGGUACAUUACAGUACAGUAGGGUACAUUACAGUACAGUACAGUAGGGUACAUUGCAGUACAGUACAGUAGGGUACAUUACAGUACAGUACAGUACAGUAGGGUACAGUACAGUACAGUACAGUAGGGUACAGUACAGUACAGUACAGUAGGGUACAGUACAAUGAAACAAGGGGAAAGAAGACCCCGGUCCCUCCUUACAAUGUGGGAACUGUUUGACAUUAACAUUUGGCAGUUCACCAACUACCUGGGGUUCCAAAACAAAGUCCUGCCAAGGUUUUAAAAAAGAGGAUUAAGGAGACGACUCGGGAGAUGAACUGAGUAUUUACAGAGCAGAGUUAUGCCCGUAUCGCCCACCGACAACAAGAGAGGACAGACUCCGUGCUCACUAUGCAACUGGAGACCAGUUUGGAGUAUCGGACGAGACCCACUUCACCACCCUACACAAUGUGCAGUCAAAACGGGAGCAAUGCUUUUAUUCACCUCUGCAAACCCUCUGUCACAAACACACACGCACACAGGACCUCCCAAACACUGUACCCACACUUGUGUCUUACAGCUUUACUGCCAAUGUUCUAUGUACAGUACAGUUUCCAUACAACACUGGUAAACAAGGAACAACUUCCAGUACACUCAAGUCCUUUGUAGAUUUUCCACCAGAUUAUAGUGCAUCUUUAGUAUAACCAUCAGAUGUUUGUUAUACUUCUCAGAAAUAAAAAGCUGCCACUUUGGCACAUUUCCAAGGUCACUAGUGUGGGUUAAAUGUCCCGCCCCUAGUGCUACUCAUCACGUACAGAAACGUCAUGAACCUCUCUGUGACUUUGUUGAGUGAUUCAACUCCCCAGGUCCACACUCAGCACAAACUCAACUAUGGUGUUAACAUGUUUUUUUCUCACCUUCAUUUCCUUAUUUCCACAAAAUGAUGAUUCACUCUUCACUGUUCCGUUCACUCGGUCAAAAAAAAACACUGCCGAAACACUCAAGUCAAACGGGGCCAAAAAUGUGAAAGCAUCAACCUUAAAUUACCUAGAAUCUCAACACAAUCUAACAAAGGAUCGACCAAAGAGGUAACCUACUGAGAAAAACUGAAAUAACAACAUGAAAAUAGAAUAUAAAAAGAGAGAUUUGAUACCGAUGUAGUCUCCAUGAGUCCCCACUGUGAAUUUGGAAGGCUGAGGAUAUCAUUAAAGUAACUACCGAGUGUUUUCAGAUUUCUAUUAAAUAUGACCUAUAAUUUCUUACAAUAGGAGUGGAAUUGUUUUCUUUGCUAAAUGUUUUAAUUAAGUAUGUUAAAAGAGCAGGUUUUCUGUCUUUGAAGGGUGUGGACGUAGCCCAACAACAGAAUGGUGUGGGCGUAUAAAAAUAUUGACUCAAGUAGACCGCUGAUUGGCCAGAUCAUUCUCCUCUAGACUGCUGAUUGGCCAGCUCAUCCUCCUCAGGGAGAUGACAUGUUCUAUGAGGAAAUGACAAGCAUUUUUUAAACGGUCUGUUUGAGGUACAAGUUUGAGGUGGGGUUUUGGAAGUGUUUUUUUCUCCAAUUUUAUGCUUUGUUCACAAAUACGAGUAUAGGACGAGUCAGCAACAUUAUUUGGAAAUUAGUUAACAGAAUAUUAACUUUUAAAGGGGAGAUUUUCACUGAGCAGUUACUUUAACAGUAUAUAGCCAUAAUACUAUACACAGCCUGAAUCAGGCCUUUCACUUCUUGGUUUACAACUUGCCUUUCAAUAUAAUCUUUAUUUUAUCCUUUUUUCUAUCAAAUGCUCACAAAUUACUAUUGCUCUGGUGUCACUGAGCAUAUCACUCAGAAACUGUGUUGGUAGCAGUACACAACCCUGGGGAGCACCAAUUAAGUUAUAACUGAUCUAGGUUCAGUAUCCAGAGUACCUAUAUUUGAAUAGUUACAUGUAUGGGAUAUAAGACUUUUAAAUGAAAGGAAUUCACACUCUCCAUAAGUUGGGGGGUAAAAGUGCAUGUUUAGAGAUGAAGAAAGAAUUUAGAAUAGAUUGUAAUUGUUAAGAUGAAGUAAAAUUUUAUUUAACUGUAUUUAAAAAUAAUUAUAGAAAUGAGAGGUUGUUUACUUUGUUGAUAUACUGAAAUUAUUAUCAACAACAGAGCUGUAUGAACAGACAAACUAUCGGAAUAUCGGACAAAUGGGCAAUGAUUCAGUCGUAUCAUAUUCUUGUGUUUGAUCAAACCUGAUGACACACAGAGACCAUAUAAAACUGCAGUGUAAAGACCUGACCUAAUUUUAAGAUGACUCACAAUGGAGAAGACAAUAAAAUAAACAUAUUUAUGGAUACAUCUAUGAAACGUGCAAUAUAUCAAUCUCCUCUCCUUUUUCUAGAUGGUUGACAGGUUCUUGUACUCCAAGACUGUUGUGAUGUUUUUUGAAAGAUAUUUAAAAAAUAUUUGGUAAGGCAUUUCCAGAAUUUUACACUAUUUAAAAACAACUACUGAUUAAAUCUAUGAAGAGAUACUGUGCCAUAUACUUUUGGUAAAAAUAUAUCUAUACUCCCACAUUCCUUAAUAAAGUGACAAAGCUUUCAUAUAGUUCUACAGAUUUUAAUACCACUUCUACAUAUUAGUAUUUGACACAGUUAUACACAAUGUGAAGGAUGAAUUAAUAUACGUUUCAUGUACAUUUCUAUUGCAGGUGUAUUUAAAAACUUUAUUUUGUACAAAAAUGACAGUAUUAUUAAAUGUUAGAUGCAUGAACUGAAUUCAAUGUCAAUAUAUUUAUUUUUGAACUUGUGUUUGACCUGUGUUUUAGUUGCUGCUGUGAUGAUGAGAACACAUGUGUUUUUUUUCCCAUUAUAAUGUACAUCUGUAAAUACUUUUCAUACAUCUAAUAAAGGUCCUUUGGAGAGUAAGAUAGAGAGAAAAAACUUACAUUUCUAAAUGAA